AUGAGCCCCUCUCAUGAUCAGACACCGAAUGCAUAUCCUCAGGUCCUCCUCCCUGACCACGAUGGGUGGUACAGGCCUACAGAAGCAGAGUCCAGUGCCCUUGACGCGAACAAUCACAUAGACGACUCCUCUAGAGAAUCCAGAUCGGUUGGGAGCGAAGACGAAACGGAAGACAUUCGGAAGAUCGAUGAAGAAGAUAGAAGUAAUGAAAUGGAAGAUAGUGAUGAGGGCGACGCUGACAGACAUAGCCAAAUGCUUUUGAACGUUUCUGGCCCUACCCCGCAUCCCGGUCAUACCAAUGACUUGCAAUGGUCGAAGAAUCCUGUGAAUGCAAGUUUCACCUUAGUCUCCCCUGUAUCAAUCAGUUCCGCUGAACAGAAUGCCACUACUCCAGUGCUGGAUAUCCCUGCAAUGCCUGUAUCGAAUGAGGUCUGUGAUCAAGGAGGGCAACGUAAAUUGGCAGAAGAAAAAAACUCCACUACUUCACCUCCACUAUCAGAUAUACAUGUUAACCUUGCAUCGAAUGAGGCAUCGAAGGAGGUCCGGAAUCAAGGAGAGAACGAUGUCGAUCAAUGCAAUAGGGCCGAAGACAAACUUGGUCUUCCAGGACCACACAUGAAUCUGCUAGAUUUUAUUGCACUUGAUCGGCAACUCCCUAAAAUCCUGUUCACUACAGGUUCUUUAAGUUACUUGCUUUUUUUGAUUAGAGCACUCUGGAAGAUCGGAACUAUGUUUCUUCAUCAACCACUGACUGGUAUCGGACAUUCAGCUCUGAGUGUCGGGCUGCUUGUUUUCAUUCGAUAUCAUGCCCCGCAAAUUCAGGGCAGAGAUCAGAGGUCCGGGCUUCACCGACUUGCUAUCGACACAGUCAUCUUCAUUGGUGCUUUCAUCUGUACUUCCAUUAUGUGGUCAAUGAUCUGCGUGAUCGGAGACCUCGCCAGUGUAGCAUUGUCUGUAAUCAGGUCCUAG